AUGGCGCAAAGCACUAAAACAAAGCGUAUAGCCCCCCAGUACGAGUAUAUGAUUGCGUCUUCCAAGCUAACGGACUUUACUCGUGAGUGCAAUACCUUGCCCCACGACUUCAGGCCACGAGACGGCGGCUCUUAUUACGCAGCAAAGCCAAAGCCAAAUGCUAACGUACCAAAUCUUCCUGUUCGCAGAAAACAAAAGGAAAUAACUUUAAGCAAAUACGGUUUGAGUAGGUCUCCCAAGGAUGGGUCCUCGAGGGAGGCAUUAAAAAAACACGGAUCAGAUUUCGAGUGCUUUCUCACAUCCGAGGGUGCUGGUUCCACUUCCACUGGAGCAUCUUUCGCUGAGAAGUCUUCCUCGGUACCGAAGGACCAAGGGAUAGAUCGAUUGCAAUAUCAGUAUCAUACAAAUAGAAAUAGACAUGAGUACAUGAAUAAGGAAAGGCAAAAGACACAGAGUAGGGCUAGUCAGAAGCGUCAAUGCAGACGCCAAUGGAUAGCAGUCGAUCCUGGAUCGUCCUCGCUUCCAAACUCCUCACUCUUUCGGAAUUCCCGUUCAGAAGAUGAGAAUAGCUAG